GACAUCGGCGCGCGUUCGUAACUUAAACGUAUCACUAUUUUUUUAAAGAAAUAUCCUUCAGACAAGAGUUUAAUAUCAUGAAAGUUUUAUUAGUUUUGGCGCUAUUGAUCGCGGCUGCUUCGGCGAUGCCGCAAUUCGGUGGCUUUGGCGGUCGUCCAGGAGGCUUUGGAGGCUUUGGCGGUCCAGGUGGCUUUGGUCAAGGAGGUUUUGGUCAAGGAGGAUUCGGUCCAGGAGGCUUUGGUCAAGGAGGCUUUGGCGGUGGCCCAGGAGGCUUUGGCGGUCCAGGAGGCUUUGGCGGCGGCCCAGGAGGCUUUGGUGGGUUUGGGUUCGGUCUCUAAGUGCUGCAAGCGAGGCAAACGUAGUUUAAGAAAUUAUUUGUUAACUAAUUUAGAUAAGAUGUAAGGUGUAUGCCUGAAUGUUGCGCUGGUGUAAAAGUGCCAUUUGUUUUUUAUACUAUUUUCAAUAAAAGUGAA